GAUUGGCUGGCGUUUCCCUCCUCGCGCCCUCACCCCGUCGGGGACCCGUCAGACGCUCCUCGUUCGGCCCGUUCCGACAGAACUCGGUCGAAAUGCCAGGCCUUCACAACGGGAGCAUCUGCUGGGGGAAUCGCAAGUCUUUCAGCGAGUUCGCGGACUUUCAUCACUCACCAACCAUGCGUCCGCCGAGCCACGUCUCGGCCGGCACGUACUACGGCUACGAGAGGGUCCACGCAGUCGGCGCGCCGCCUCCGGACGACGAGUCGAUGGACACGACGGCGGCGCCCGACUGCGACGGAAACGAGGAGAGCCGGAGAGCGCACGCAAGGAAACGCCAAGCUGCCGACCUCGGCUCCGAACGGAACAAAAGGAUACGCCAAGAAGCUUCCUUGGCUCUGCAACUUCGAAGGGACGCCCUCUCAUCUCACGUAAAAUCUAAUAACUUAGGGCAUUGUUUAGUAUAGUUUUGUUUCUGUUGUAAUUUACUUUUUUUGUUAUAAAAUGUUCUAUAGAUUAUCAAUUCCGUUAACUGUUAGUUAUAAUUUUUUUUUUGGUAGAAGAAUUUUGUUGUAUAAUUUUGAUAAAAACUAAUCCUGAUGUCUUUUUGACGGCAUACAUUACUAAUAUAAGGAGAUAAAAAUAUAUAUAAACUAACUGUUAAUAUUAAGAAAAUAUUAAUGCUGCAUGUCAAAUAUAUACAUACAUGAUUCAACACUACCACAAGUGAACCAAUCUCAAGAUUUAUAAUAAAAAAUUUGUUGUAGAAAAAAAAAACUUGAAUUGUUAGCAAUAAUUUUGUUCAGGUGAUAUCGAAGAAAA